AGCGCAUGCGCAAAAAGUUCUAUCGACUCCCCCGGACUUGUCUCGCUAUUAAUCACUUCCUGACGUGUUGCUUGGCUUCAUUUUUUAUUUACCUCGCGGUAAGCAGGGGACGGGUAAGUGAACGAGUUAAAAAUGGUCCAGUACCCGUGAGUGCCGAUUCAGCGAAGGACUCCUUCGACACUCGCGCGUCUCCUGUUGAAAGGUGUUGCACAUCUAACGGGCAGAGAAGGUGGAAGAUCCCAAAAGGAGAACAACUCGUUAGCUGCCGUCUUUUGUCCACUCUUGUUCUGACCGUGGGGCCUCGAAGAAGCUGAGAUGAAGGACAGACUGAGUGAGCUCCUCGGCGUCGCCUCCAAGCCUCCAGACCUGGACUCGGGCCUCACAGACAACCUGAACGACUCCCUGGAAGACUAUGACGCUGUUGUGUUUGGAGCGGAGGAGGUGAUGGCGGGCAUCUACAGGGAGGCCCAGGUCGUGAGGAAGGAGAUGCUGCUGCUCAAGAUGGACGUGAAGCGCCUGGGAAAGCAGAGCACCAGGUUCCUGACGUCGGUGAGGAGGUUCAGCAGCAUCAAGCGGGACUCCAACGCUCUGGGGCGGAGCAUCAAGUCCCGAGGGGAGGCCAUCUACACCCGCUUGGAAAAGCUAAGCGCGCUGAGCGAGGAGCUGGCCGAGGAGCACGCCGCUUCCUCGGCGGUGGCCCGCAUAGCGCGCUGCCAGCACGCCUCCCUGACCACCGCCUUCCACCAGGCCAUGUCCGAGUACAACCGUUCCGAAAUGGAGCUCAGGGAGAACUGCAAGACCCGCAUCCAGAGGCAGGCGGAGAUCGUGGGCAAGGAGGUGAGCCGGCAGCAGAUCGAGGAGAUGAUCGAGACGGGCAAGUGGAACGUCUUCUCCGACGAACUGCUCCUGGGCGGCCGCGGCGCCCGCUCCGCCCUGAGCGAGAUCGAGAGUCGCCAUCGGGAGCUGAUGGAGCUGGAGGGACGCAUCCGAGACAUCCACGAGCUCUUCUUCCAGAUGGCGCUGCUGGUGGAGGAGCAGGGGUGCAAGGUGGACAGCAUCGAGGCCAACGUGCUCGACACCCGGGACUACGUGGCCAAGGCCUCGGAUCACAUCCGGAAGGCCGUCCGGUACAAGAAGGAAAACCCCUGCAAGAAACUUUUCUGCUGCUGCUUCCCUUGCUGCAACUGAUGAC